CCAAGGUUUUCAUCCUUCUUUUUGUCUGCAGUUCAAUGUUUUAGUCUUGAUUUUAAGUUCCACAAACCUGGACUAAGCUGCCUCAUCAGGGAUGCUAGAAAUUGCACCUGAUCCCGGCAGAAUUUCUAUCCAUCAUCUGUGAGAUUAUUGACUACUAAGUGUAAAAAUAGUUAGAGCUGGGCAGCAAGCAAUUAGAAUGCAGGUUACAUAUUUUUUUUAUUUUUAGCUUGUCAAGCUCAGGGCUCAAAUGCAUUCAUUAUAUUCAUUUAAAGUUUUCGUAUAAAUGGAUGCCAUGGUUUAUCGGGUUUCAACUGCUUAGUUUCAGUCAAUCUUCAUCCAGAGAACCCAAGGAAUGCUCCAAAUUAUUGAUGAAAUAUGGGUGGUAACCCAGGGAGUUCUCCAAAUUGCCACAAUUCUAUGUCCUCUACAUAUGCAUUUUCCUUUAGGUAAAAAGGGUUUUCUGCAACCAUUAUCUCAUGGCGGCAGUUGCUGCACACGAUCAGGUCAUUUUAUCAUCUUCAAGACUUAUCCUUGACUAUCUUGCAUGUGGGAAACUCAGCAAUGCCCGCCAAGUCUUUGAGAAACUGGACAGCCCAAAUGUUUUCCUAUGGAAUGGAUUAAUCAUAGGAUAUGCUAAACAUGGCCUUCAUGAACAAGUGAUUAACUUGUUUAAUCGAAUGCAGAAAACAUGCAAUAAACCUGAUAAUUACACCUUUCCCAGCGUUCUCAAGGCAUGUGGAAGUUUAGUAGAUGUGCAGGGUGGGGAGAAGGUUCAUAAUUACAUAAUUAAAUGUGGAUUUGAAUCGAAUGUUGUUGUCACGAGCGCUCUUGUGGGUAUGUAUGCAAAAUGCAACAGUAUGAGGGAUGCAAGGAAAAUGUUUGACAGUAUGUCUGACAGAGAUAUAGUAGCAUGGAACACUAUGAUUGCCUGUUAUGCCCAGAGCGGGCAAUUGGAAGAAGCUUUAAGACUUUUUAGGGAAAUGGAAGCUUCGGGUUUAAAAGCCGGUUCGGCUACUUUUGCAAUUCUGAUUUCUGCGUGUGCUCGCCUUGCUGAUUUGGAGCAGGGAAAAACACUUCAUGAGCACUUAAUCCGAGGCCGGCUUGAGCUCACUGUGUUUGUGGCAAGUGCUCUUGUGGAUAUGUAUGCUAAAUGUGGUAGCAUAGAGGUUGCGAGGGAACUGUUCGACAAUAUGCCAGAGAGGAAUUUAGUUUCCUGCAAUGCAAUGAUUAGUGGGUAUGUGUACAAUAGGCGUUACGAGGAGGCUCUGAAGGUGUUUCAUGAAAUGCAAAUUGCAGGUGUAAAACCUGAUUCCAUUACGGCGACGAGUGUUCUCCCGGCAUGUGCUUACCUAGGAGCUCUACAAGAUGGCAGGUUGAUUCAUGGGUAUGUAAUAAAAAAUGGAUGUGAAGCAGAUGUCUUUGUGGGUAGUGCACUUAUAGAUAUGUACACCAGAUGCCAGAAUUUAGAAAUUGCACGCAAAGUGUUUGACAAAAUGUCAGAAAGAAAUGUUGUUUCAUGGAAUGUGAUGAUUGCAGGAUAUGCUACGCAUGGUCAUAGCGAGGAUGCAUUGAUGCUUUUUCACCAAAUGCGCAGCACUCGUGUUAGACCGGAUCAUGUUACAUAUGCAAACAUUUUACCAGCCUGUGCACAGUUGGCAGCUUUGCAGCAGGGUAAGGAGAUACAUAAAUCUAUGGUGGAAGAUGGUUUAGAUUCUGAUAUUUUUGUUUCAGGCGCUCUUAUAGAUAUGUAUGUUAAAUGUGGGAAUUUAAAUGCUGGACGCCAAGUUUUUGACAAGAUGCCUCAGAGAGAUUUGGUUUCAUGGACUUCUAUGGUUGCCGGCUACGGCAUGCAUGGGUAUGGUGAGGAAGCUCUUUCUCUUUUUAAUCAAAUGCAAAAGUCUGGUAUCAAGCCAGACCAUGUCACUUUUGUUGCUGUUCUAUCUUCAUGUAGUCAUACAGGGCUAGUUGACGAGGGCCUGCAUUACUUUGAUCAAAUGGUUUUUAAUUACAGAAUUACACCAAGAUUGGAGCACUAUGCAUGCAUGGUUGAUCUUCUUGGACGAGCGGGCCAGCUGGAGAAAGCUUACGAGUUUAUCAAGGGGAUGCCACUUGAACCUGAUGCUCGUGUGUUGAGUGCCUUGCUUAAUGCCUGUCGAAUUUACAACAACGUAGAGCUAGGAGAACGUAUGGCAGAACGCCUUUUUAAGAUGGAACCUGAUAAUGUUGGGUUUUACAUUCUGCUCUCAAACAUCUAUGCUGGGGUUGGUAGGUGGGAUGAUGUAGCGAAGUUGAGAUCAGUAAUGAAAGACAUUGGAUUGAAAAAAGAUCCAGGAUGUAGCUGGAUUGAGGCUGGCAAUAGGGUUCAUGCAUUUCAUACGGGAGACAAAUCACAUCCCCAAUUUGAGCUUAUAAAUGCAACACUGGAGGAUUUGACCGGGAAGAUGAUGAAGGAAGGGUAUGUCCCUAAUACAAACUUUGUGCUGCAUGAUCUGGAAGAGGAAGAGAAGGAAUCCAUCCUUUGUCGACACAGUGAGAAACUUGCCAUUGCCUUUGGGCUUAUUAAUACACCACCAGGAACAGUUAUUAGAGUAACCAAGAAUCUUCGAGCUUGUGGGGAUUGUCAUAACGCUACUAAAUUUAUCUCUAAAAUUGUUGGGCGAGAAAUUAUUGUGAGGGAUACAACCCGUUUUCAUCAUUUUAAAGGCGGAAUUUGUUCUUGUAGGGAUUAUUGGUGAUCGCAGUUGAAACAAGCACUUGCAUUUUCUUUUUUGCUGAACAUGGCAGUCAGCAAUUCCCAGGUAAGGGCUAUAAAGAAGCUGGUUGAUACCAGGCACUCUUCGAAAAAUUUAAUAGCCAUUUUCUGUUAGAGUGCAACCUAAGUGAUUGAGUCAACAGAAAAUGGGUACUGGCUGGAUAAUACUGUAAAGUGUGCUAUUUCAUGAAUCCUGCUGUAGUUUUGCCAAGGUGGCUGAUACCAAGCCGCUUCUCAAAAUAUGUGAACAGUUAUUUUCUGUUAGAGAGCAACCUAAGUGAUUGAAUUAACAGAAAAUGCCUAACGGCUGGAAAGUACCACAAAAUGUUCUAUUUGAUGAAUCCUACUGAGGUUUUGCCUUAAGGUAUACGGCAUGAACACCUUGUAUGCGAUAGAAUUGGUCUGUGAACAUGAUGUAUGCAAUAGAAUUGGUUGCAUGUGAAGGACAAUUCAGGUAGUAGCAGAGUUCAAGAAUGUUACAAACGAGAAGAAACGUUUAUUUCCUAAUCAAAUGUGUAUGAUAACUCUUUUUCUGGGGAUAUUAAAUAUUUUAACCGUUCCUUCU